AUGGAAGCAGAGCUCACCGGACACCAGAAGGUUGAUGUUGGAGAGAAUCUGUAUCAGUGUUCUGAAUGUGAUAAAGCUUUUAGAGUGAAGUCAGAGCUUAACAAGCACCAGAGGAUCUACACGGGAGAGAAACCCUAUCCAUGUUCCGAAUGUGAUAAAGCUUUUACAGGGAAGUCACAUCUUAUCACACACCAGAGGGUUCACACUGGAGAGAAGCCAUAUCAGUGUUCGGAAUGUGAUAAAGCUUUUACACAGAAGCCACAUCUUAUCAGACACCAGAGGAUUCACACCGGAGAGAAGCCAUAUCAGUGUUCUGAAUGUGAUAAAGCUUUUACAUGGAAGUCAGAUCUUAUCACACACCAGAGGAUUCACACUGGAGAGAAGCCAUAUCAGUGUUCGGAAUGUGAUAAAGCUUUUACCCAGAAGCCAUAUCUUAUCAUACACCAAACCGAGCACACUGAAACUUUUAGGGUGAAGAGAGAUCUUACCAUCCAUGAGAGGGUCCACACCGGCGAGAAGCCGUAUCAGUGCUCUGAAUGUGGCAAAGCUUUUAAACAGAAGUCAGAUCUCACCAGACACCAGGCGGCUCACAUUGGGAAGAAGCUCUAUCAGUGCUCCGAAUGUGACAAAGCUUUCACACUGAAGGACAGACUUGUCAAACACAAGAUAAUCCACACCGAAGCUUUUAAAACGAAGCGAAAUUUUCUCCUACAUCAGCGGAUUCACACCGGAGAGAGACCAUUUCAGUGCCCCAAAUGUGACAAAGCUUUUACAUUGAAGCCUUGUCUUACCGCACACCAGAGGAUUCACACCGGAGAGAAGCCGUAUUCAUGUUCUGAAUGUGGUAAAGCUUUUACAGUGAAGUCCCAGCUUACCAUACACCAGAAGGUCCACACUGGAGAGAAGCCCUAUCGGUGUUCUGAAUGUGACAAAACCUUUACAACCAAGUCCCAGCUUACCAUACACCAGAGGGGCCACACCGGAGAGAAGCCCUAUCGGUGUUCUGAAUGUGACAAAACCUUUACAACCAAGUCCCAGCUUACCAUACACCAGAGGGUCCACACCGGAGAGAAGCCCUAUCGGUGUGCUGAAUGUGACAAAACCUUUGCAGCCAAGUCCCAGCUUACCACGCACCAGAGGGUCCACACCGGAGAGAAGCCCUGUCGCUGUUUUGAAUGUGACAAAAUCUUUACGACCCAGACCCAGCUUAUCGUACACCAGAGGGGCCACAGCGAAGAGUGUGAUAGAGCUUUCAAACUGCAAUCAAGUCUUGACACCAGAGGAGUCACAAUCUCUGAGGAAACUGAGAGAAAGGAGAGUGUUAACGGGGUGGAAGAUAAACUACUCUUAAAGGGUUUGGGGUGUCUCAGCAGUUUCACACCCCAUGUCAUUCCCCAAGCUCACGGAAAAGUGAAAGGAAAUCAUGAUACUUUGAGACAAAGUAUCUAA